AUGGCCGACAACAACUCUCCCGGCCCUGGCGGCUUCUUCCACCCUGUAGGUGGGCUCCCAUCUCCUGCGCCCUCAACCGCGUCGUCUGUCACAUCGUCGGGCCUCCCCCAUCCCCGAAGCAAGUCUUUACAGCCAGGCUCCAGCAAAGAGAGCUUAGUCAGGACGUAUGUUGAGGAGCGGCUCAUGGAGACCUCGCGCCGUUACGUCAAAAAGUUCGGGAACCCCGAGCCUGGUGACAAGGUAGUGGGUUACAAGAGCUUCAGUGAAGUCUGUAAAGAUCUGGAUAAGGUUAUCAAUGCGCUGUGGCUCUCCGGAACCCCCAUGCUCCAGAUUCCCUUCCUACUACGACUCGCUAGCGAUUUUACGCAAUAUGUUCGAUCAUUCCCGCCCUCACCUAAAGCAUCCUUUGCGCUGCUGCGUAAGCUCGAUCACUGUUUCGCCAGUCUACUUUGCGGCCAGGACCUUAAUACCCGCGAGACACUGCCCGGGUUCCAGAACGGGCUACGUGCCGGAAUGACAAUUACCGACAUGGUCCGAUGUAGGAGUCUUGUCGAACAAAGUCGAGUCCUGAUGGUAGAGGUGAUGAGCAGCGGCGACCCAGAUGAUGAAGAGAGUGAGACGGAAAACGACACAGAUGGAGAAAUGGACACCGACACCGAUGGCCUAGGGCCGAGUACGUGGGACGGCGAGGUGGACGAAGAGGAAGAACAGCUACAUCUAGACGCUGCGCGCGUCUACGAGAAUACCAUUGUGCACCUAAACGAGCGGAUGGGAGACUCACUUGGAAGUGGAACCACCACCACUGCCGCAGACGUCUCGAUGGCCAUGAGCGACUCAUGA